AUGCCCAAAUUCAAGGUGGCUCGCGGAGUGAGGGGUCAGGAAAAACACGCACCCCUUGCCGAGCAGAUUCUGGCUGGCGACGCGGUGCCGGCAGGGGUCCGUGAAAAGCGGUAGGGUCGUGGAACCGAGGGAGAUGAAGAGUAUAUAGGGCCCCGGUUGACCCGACGGAUUUUGCAGCAAGCUCGGCAGCAGCAGGAGCUCGAGGCCGAGCAUAGGACUAGGGGAAGGCCCGCGGCGCCACGGGAGCGCAUCACGCGGCUGGGUCCAGGAGUGCCACAAGAUGUAUCAGAUGACGAGGAUGAAGAGUGGCCUACCCUGGAGAAAGCUGCCACAAUGACAGGGGUGGGCCACCAUACAGAGGUGGUCGUGGACCCUGAGGAUGAGCGUGCCAUUUAGAUGUUUAUGAAUAAAAACCCUCCUACCAGGCGCACCCUGGCUGACAUCAUCAUGGAGAAGCUAACUGAGAAGCAGACGGAAGUUGAGACAGUCAUGUCCGAGGUGACAGGCUUUCCUGUGCCCCAGCUGGACCCCCAGGUCCUGGAGGUCUACAGAGGAGUCCGGGAGGUGUUAUCUAAAUACCGCAGUGGGAAGCUGCCCCAGGCAUUUAAGAUCAUCCCUGCACUCUCCAACUGGGAGCAGAUCCUCUAUGUCAUGGAGCCCGAGGCCUGGACUGCUGCUGCCCUGUACCAAGCCACAAGGAUUUUCGCCUCUAAUCUGAAGGAACGCAUGGCCCAGUGCUUCUAAAACCUUGUCCUGCUCCCCCGGGUACGAGAUGACAUUGCUGAAUACAAACGACUAAAUUUCCACUUCUACAUGGCACUCAAGAAGGCCCUGUUCAAGCCUGGGGCCUGGUUUAAAGGGAUCCUGAUCCCACUGUGUGAAUCGGGGACCUGUACCCUCCGGGAAGCCAUCAUCGUGGGUAGCAUCAUCACCAAAUGCUCCAUCCCUGUGCUGCACUCCAGUGCGGCCAUGCUGAAAAUCGCCGAGAUGGAAUACAGCGGUGCCAACAGCAUCUUCUUGCGACUGCUGCUAGAUAAGAAGUAUGCACUGCCCUACCGGGUGCUGGACGCGCUGGUCUUCCACUUCCUGAGGUUCCGAACGGAGAAGCGCGAACUGCCUGUGCUCUGGCACCAGUGUCUCCUGACUUUGGUCCAGCACUAUAAGGCAGACCUGGCCACAGAACAGAAAGAGGCCCUCCUGGAACUUCCCCGGCUGCAGCCCCAUCCACUGCUGUCCCCUGAGAUCAGGCGUGAGCUUCAGAGUGCAGUCCCCCGAGAUGUGGAAGAUGUUCCCGUCAUCAUGGACUGAGGAGACAGUCACUCAUCCUGGUCUGAGGGGCGUGGGAGGACCACAGGAUCCUUGUUUGGUGACUAAAGGUGGCACAGCCUUUACAGCUGAAGAC